GCGCGCGCGCCGCGGCGAAGGUGGAUCCGCUCCCUCCGCAGCCAGCCCGCCCCGGGCCCCGCGACCCGCCGCCGCCACCGCCACCCGCCCGGUCUCCCCUCGCGCGGGCCGGGCCGGGGAUGGAGCCGCUGCCGGAGCCGCCGCAGCGCGGGCCGGGGCGCGGAGCGGCCUGAGGCGCGGGCGGCGCGCGGGCCCGGGGGGAGGCGGGCCGAGGGGAGGGUCCUGCGGGCCGGGGGGGCGGGCGCGGCGCGCCCCCUCCCUCGCGCGCUCGCUCCCUCCCCCGCGCGCCCUCCCUCGCCGCCUCCUCCCGCCGCCUCCGGCCCCCCCUCGCCGGGGACCGAGCGCGCUCGCUCCGGCGCCGGCCUCGCCUCCUCGCAGCAGCGCCAUGGAUGAGUUCCACCCGUUCAUCGAGGCGCUGCUGCCUCACGUGCGCGCCUUUGCCUACACCUGGUUCAACCUGCAGGCGCGGAAGCGCAAGUACUUCAAGAAGCACGAGAAGCGCAUGUCGAAGGACGAGGAGCGCGCGGUGAAGGACGAGCUGCUGGGCGAGAAGGCCGAGGUCAAGCAGAAGUGGGCGUCGCGGCUGCUGGCCAAGCUGCGCAAGGACAUCCGGCCCGAGUUCCGCGAGGACUUCGUGCUGGCCAUCACGGGCAAGAAGGCCCCGGGCUGCGUGCUCUCCAACCCCGACCAGAAGGGCAAGAUGCGUCGCAUCGACUGCCUGCGCCAGGCCGACAAGGUGUGGCGCCUGGACCUGGUCAUGGUCAUCCUCUUCAAGGGCAUCCCGCUCGAGAGCACCGACGGCGAGCGCCUGGUGAAGGCGGCGCAGUGCGGCCACCCGGUGCUCUGCGUGCAGCCGCACCACAUCGGCGUGGCCGUCAAGGAGCUCGACCUCUACCUGGCCUACUUCGUGCGCGAGCGAGACGCGGAGCAGAGCGGCAGCCCCCGGGCGGGCAUGGGCUCCGACCAGGAGGACAGCAAGCCCAUCACGCUGGACACGACUGACUUCCAGGAAAGCUUCGUCACCUCCGGCGUGUUCAGUGUCACCGAGCUCAUCCAAGUGUCCCGGACACCCGUGGUGACUGGAACAGGACCCAACUUCUCCCUGGGGGAGCUGCAGGGGCACCUGGCCUACGACCUGAAUCCAGCCAGCACCGGCAUGAGAAGAACGCUACCCAGCACUUCCUCCAGUGGGAGCAAGCGGCACAAAUCGGGCUCGAUGGAGGAAGACGUGGACACGAGCCCCGGCGGCGAUUACUACACCUCGCCCAGCUCUCCCACGAGUAGCAGCCGCAACUGGACAGAGGAUAUGGAAGGAGGCAUCUCAUCCCCGGUGAAGAAGACAGAGAUGGACAAGUCGCCUUUCAACAGCCCGUCUCCCCAGGACUCGCCUCGCCUCUCCAGCUUCACCCAGCACCACCGGCCCGUCAUCGCCGUGCACAGCGGGAUCGCCCGGAGCCCGCACCCGUCCUCGGCCCUGCACUUCCCCACGACCUCCAUUCUGCCCCAGACGGCCUCCAGCUACUUCCCGCACACGGCCAUCCGCUACCCGCCGCACCUCAACCCCCAGGACCCGCUCAAAGAUCUCGUCUCGCUGGCCUGCGACCCGGCCAGCCAGCAGCCUGGACCGUUAAAUGGAAGUGGUCAGCUCAAACUGUCCAGUCACUGCCUUCCCGCCCAGAUGCUGGCCCCCCCGCCCCCCGGGCUGCCGCGGCUGGCGCUCCCCCCCGCCGCCAAACCCACCUCCGAGGGAGGAUGCGCAUCGCCGACCUCGCCCUCCUACUCUACGCCCGGCACGUCCCCUGCAAACCGUUCCUUUGUGGGAUUAGGACCAAGGGAUCCAGCGGGCAUGUAUCAGGCACAGUCCUGGUAUCUGGGAUAGGAAUUCUUCGCGCGCCCUGCUCCUUGGUCCCGGGAAUCCCGGGGGGCCGCCCAGCUGGCCCCCGGGCCACGUUUUUGGUGGAAAGUUAGAGUGAGCAAGAACAGACCCCGACUCCCAGCCCGGCCGAAAAGACAAAACACACAGACACUUAUACACAGGAGGGAAAAAGAGAAAAAAAGGCGGAAAAAAAAAAAAAAGACCAACGGGGGGAAAAAAGAAAACUCAUAAAAAUAAACCCACCCAACCAAGAAGACAAGAGGUGAAGACGGCAACGCUGCAGACUCUCGGGACGCCACGGCCACCCCUCCGAGGACCAGGGGCGCCUCCCUAAGUUAUUCAUCUCCUCUCGCCGCCACCACCGCUGCUGCUGCUCCGGACACGGGCGCCCGCUCCCGUCUCCGCCCCGGACCAGGUGAGCGCAGCCUGGUGCCCGGGCCAGGCCCAACAGGGCAGGACACCCAGCGAGGCCACCUGUCCCCGCGCCACCACCGCCACCGCCGGGACGUCACCGGGCCCCCCGCGAUGGGGUUUGCCAAGCGGGGAGGCGGGCGCCGGGGGACGGCGAGGACCCCAGCAGCGGGCAGCAGAGGCCGCCCUGGAGGCCGGGGCGGGCAGGGAAGCCACAAGAGCAGAAGAGGGUUGUGGGGAGACCCCGGGUGUCGCCACGGGCCGAGGACGCGUGGCAGGUACCUUCUUAGGAGUGUCCGUGGUCUCGGACCUCCGUCCGCCCCGGAGCGCGCGCUCGCGGGGGUCGCCUGGGGACUUGGGGUUCGGGCCCCGGGCCUGCCCUGUUUGGGAGGAGAAGUCUAUGCAAUUGACCCCCAGCCCCCCGCGGCAGAGGAGGCCACCCCCCCACCCCGCCCCCGCCGGCCCGCACCCCCAGGGGAGGGACCCACGUUGCACACACUGUAAGAAAUGCACUUUCCGAGGAAGGGGCUGGGGGGCUGCGUGGAGAGGGGGCGCCGUCUGGGGUCUCCAUGCGCCGCGCCCUGGGAGGGAGGACCCCCCACUUAGGUUCCUGCAGGUGGGAGGUGAGAGCGAGUGGUUUAAGUGCCUGAUUCCCACCACCCGCCCCCCCCUUGGUCCAGCCGGGAUGCGAGUGGCCGCGGGCAUCUGCCACCCUCCCCUCCCCCGCAGCCCGGCCACCUCCAGUCGCUGAUCCCUCAUUGCUACUCCCCCCUCAGAGCUAGAGAGAUGGGACCCCCGCCCUGUGGGCCCAAGGGGCAGAGCCGGGCGCCCCCCCAGCGUCCUGCCUGCGGGGGUGCGGGGUGGGGUGUGCGGGAGCCGGCGUGCACCCCGCGCCUCCCCUGCCAGUGCCUUACAUCCUGGAGCCACACCCUCCCUGGUGCGUCCCAGCCCAAAGGGGGACCACGGUUUGCACUUUCGUCCCCCUUCCCCCCGAGAAAUGGGGCAAAGGAGAGAAGACAGCCGGGGGCGGCCACACGAGCCCGGACGGGGUGGGGUCCUGGCUGGGGGGGGGGUCAUCGGCGCCUCGGGGGGGCCCCCUGCGGCCGUGUAGGGGACCUGCUAUCUGCUAAGCAUUUUCCGUUGAGCCGCUCCAAAAAACACUAAGCCGGGGACACCGGGGGCCCCCACCCCGGUUCCCCAGCCCCAUCCGCACUUCCACCCCUGGGGGGGUCUGGGAGGGGGUGUCCGGUGUUCUAGGGUCACCCCUCCCGGCCCAUCCGUCUGAGCCCCACCUGGCCUCCUCCACGCCUGGCGCUGGGGAACACGUUCCCCCCUCCACGACCCCCACCCCCGGGCCUGGGCCAAAGCCAUUGCCCUGGGCAGGGCCCCUCCUCAUCUGCCCCCGGCCUGGCCCUCCUCUCCCUCUCUGGUCCCCCCGGACGGGGCCUGGCCAGCCUCCUCUCACCUCCCCAGAAACCGGACUUUCUCCCAGAGCAGCCAGAGGGGCUGGACGACCCCACUCGAUCUUAAAGAGAAAGACCCCAGACCCUCUCCCCCCCCACGCCCCCCCCCGCCCUCCCCGAGGGCUUCCGGGACCUCAGGUCCGUCCGUCUGUCUGUCUCCAGCGGCCCCUCCACUGGGGGGGCCGCUGGGGACCAAAGCAUGGGCCGCUCUCCGGGAGGGCAGGCCGGGAACCCUAGGGUGCGGGUCGGCUGGGGAGGACAGGGGGCGCCCGGCAGUCCCCCUCCCUCGGUGCAUGGUGCUUAGUGAGGACUCGUGCCUGGCUCCUGACGUCAGCCCGCGCGGCUGACCCUGCAUGGCAAAUGACCCCUGGCUCCCGUCCCCUCCUCGCCCUGCCCCCCUAGCCCUCCACCACUCCCCCAUCCUCUUUAAAAAAAAAAAAAGAUACAAAAAAAAAAACCUUAAAAAAAUUCCGUGUUUCCUAAUUUGCACGAAAAUUUCUACCACAUAAUGUGCCUUGCCUUCCGAAAAAUAAGUAUUAUUACCUUGAAACAAUAUCAGCGCACACAGGUAGCUGCAUGCCCUGCUCGUGUAGUCAAAAAAAAAAAAAAAAAAGACAAAACAA